AGAAAGGUUUAGACAGAAGAAACAAACAUCUGAUUUAUUUUUCUUUUAGAAUGGAAGUAAAGGUGUAUGUCGAAGGAGUCCAGCGCAUAGUGUGUGGAGUCACUGACAAAACAACAUGUCAGGAGGUGGUCAUCGCUUUAGCACGGGCACUUGGUCGCACUGGUCGAUACACUCUGAGAGAAAAAUUCAAAGAAUAUGAACGUAAUGUGACUCCAGAUGAACGUCUCUUGGAGUCCUUGGAGAAAUAUGGUGAGCAAGCUAAGGAGGUGCAGCUCACUUUGAAGCAUAUCAGUCCAUCCCUUGGGGAAGAAACAAACCAGCCCAAAGCCCAAAUGAGGCGAGCGGAGGGGACAGGGAGAGCACGGAGAGGCAGCGGGGCAAUCGCCCUACACCGCCAGAGCCUCCCACCACUGUCACACCUCUGUAUCCACUCCGAGCCACCACCCGAGGAACCGAAGAGACCCAAGCGGAAGUCGCUAACGCUAAUGGAGGAAGCAUGGGGUUGGCUGGAAAACUUGGGCAGAGGUGGGAAGCAGCAAUCAGGACGAGAUAAGGGGAAAGACAAGGAGGGCAAAAAAGGAAAUGGGCACUCAGAUAACACAACCAAAAGAUCCCUGGCUUCUGGGACACCGGAGCCAAGAGACAAAAAUAGAGUUGCACCACAUCAGCCUUUGAUCAGUUGCCUUGGGAACCGUGGGAGAUACACUGAUGAGAGUGCUGUAUGUGAGAGACGAGAGGAAGAGGAACGGAAAGGCACAGAGGACCUGAAAACCCAUAAUCCAGUGGUCCAAACAAUCCAUCAAGAGACCGAGAGUAAAGAGACUGUAGAGUUAAGAAGUCUAGUUGUCCAACAACAGGCAAGUCUGCAAGAACUACAGCACAAAAUUAAGUCAACGGACCAGUUGAUCCUUGAGCUAGAGCAGCAGCAAGCUACCAGGGAGCUUUCCGAGCUGCUGUCGGAAGAAGAGGAGCAGCUCAAGUUCUGGCUCAAUGAGCUCAAGGCGGAGGAAGUCUUUGAGAGAGACCUUCAGAGGCAGUUCCUUCAGAUAAAAGAAGAAGCUGCUGAGUGCAAAGCUAAGCUGGAAGAGUACAAACAGAAACUGCAAGUGAUGGACUUGAGAAACUCCCAGCAGCAAACAGGUCAUGAAGAUGUCACUAGAGAGAAUAUCCAAGCAGAUGCGACAAAACCUGCCCAAACAAGCGUCAAAAAAAUACAGAUCUCAGUAGACGGAUCAUGUGGAGAUGCUGGAACAAACAGGGCGGUGACAACGCUGGAGUCCAAACUCCCAUAUGUGCUUGUUUCAGCAAACCAGAUAUCAAAUCCUCCUCUAAGUGGACCAGAAGACCUUUGGGAGUGGUGGACGCGAUGGUCUCGGAGCCAAAAUCCAACAUCAGAGACAAAACACAAGAUAGUUCACCGCUCUGAAAUCACCAUACAUUUGGGAAGCACCAGAGUUUAAGCACUCUGAAACUUCUAAA